GGCGGGCCCGGGGCGGGCGCAGCCGCGGCGGAGGGCGGAGGAGCCGAGAGGAGCGGCCGGAGCAGCCCCGGGAGCGGCCGCGAUGGAGGACGGAGUCUACGUGCCCCCCGACCUGACGGCCGAGGAGCGGCUGGAGCUGGAGAGCAUCCGGCGGCGGAAGCAGGAGCUGCUGGGGGAGAUCCAGCGCCUGCGCGAGGAGCUCAGCGAGGCCAUGAGCGAGGUGGAGGGGCUGGAGGCCAACGAGGGCAGCAAAACCCUCCAGAGGAACCGCAAGAUGGGGAUGGGCCGGAAGAAGUUCAACAUGGACCCCAAAAAGGGGAUCCAGUUCUUGGUGGAGAAUGAGCUGCUGCGGCACACGGCCGAGGACAUCGCCCGCUUCCUCUACAAGGGCGAAGGGCUCAACAAGACGGCCAUAGGGGACUACCUGGGCGAGAGGGAGGAGUUCAACAUCGGGGUGCUGCACGCCUUCGUGGACCUGCACGAGUUCACCGACCUCAACCUGGUGCAGGCCCUGAGGCAGUUCCUCUGGAGCUUCCGGCUGCCGGGGGAGGCGCAGAAGAUCGACCGGAUGAUGGAGGCCUUUGCGCAGCGGUACUGCCUCUGCAACCCCGGCGUGUUCCAGUGUACCGACACGUGCUACGUGCUGUCCUUCGCCGUGAUCAUGCUGAACACGAGCCUGCACAACCCCAACGUGCGGGACAAGCCCUCGGCCGAGCGCUUCGUGGCCAUGAACCGUGGCAUCAACGACGGCGGCGACCUGCCCGAGGAGCUGCUGCGGAACCUGUACGAGAGCAUCCGCAGCGAGCCCUUCAAGAUCCCGGAGGACGACGGCAACGACCUGACCCACACGUUCUUCAACCCCGACCGCGAGGGCUGGCUGCUCAAGCUGGGAGGCGGGCGGGUGAAGACGUGGAAGCGCCGCUGGUUCAUCCUCACCGACAACUGCCUCUAUUACUUCGAGUACACCACGGACAAGGAGCCUCGUGGGAUCAUCCCAUUGGAGAACCUGAGCAUCCGGGAGGUGGAGGAUCCCCGGAAGCCGCACUGCUUCGAGCUCUACAUCCCCAACAACAAGGGGCAGCUCAUCAAGGCGUGUAAGACGGAGGCCGACGGGCGCGUGGUGGAGGGGAACCACGUCGUGUACCGCAUCUCGGCCCCCACGCGCGACCAGAAGGACGAGUGGAUCAAAUCCAUCCAGGCCGCGGUGAGCGUGGACCCCUUCUAUGAGAUGCUGGCUGCCCGCAAGAAGAGGAUCUCGGUGAAGAAGAAGCAGGAGCAGCCCUGAGGGGGGGGGCGGGACCCCCAGAGCCCCCCCCAGCGCCCCCCCGCGGCCAUGGGGGACCCCCCCGCACCACGAGGGACCCCCCCGGACCAUGAGGGGCACCCCCACGUCGCGAGGGACCCCCCCCAAGGACCAUGAGGGGUCACAAGGACCAUGAGACCACACGAGACCCCCCCCCGCCAGGACCACAAUGGAUGCUCCUAGGACCAUAAGGGACCCCCACAAUGACCCAGGACCACAAGGACAUCCCCCCCACUGCAAUGGACGCCCCCAAUGACAACGAGGGACCUCCCAGGACCCCCCCCAAGACCACACAGAACCACUGGAACCCCCCCAAAGACCUCAAGGACCCCCCCAGGACCACAAUGGACCCUCCCAGGGCCCCAAGGACCCCCCCUGCACCAUGGCGGACCCCCCAAGACCACACAGGACCCCCCCAUGGACCUCAAGAACCGCCCCAGGACCACAAUGGACCCUCCCAGGACCUUAAGGACCCCCCCAGGACCAUGAUGGACCCCCCAAGACCACACAGGACCCCUGGGCCCCCCCCCAGGACCACAAUGGACGCUCCCAAGGCAGUAAGGAACCCCCCCAUUGACUCAGGACCACAAGGACCCCCCCGCCAAGGACCACAAAUGGACCCUCCCAGACCACCAGGACCCCCCCCAACCCUUAAUGGGACCCCCCCAGACCUUCACCCCCCCCCCCCAAGGACAAUGUGGGGACGCCCCUUUGGGGCCCCCCCCAACCCCCUUUGAGGUGGGGGGGGCACACACAGACACGGACCCUCCCAUAGGACACGUGGGGGGGGACACGUGUGAAUGGGGCUUCUGCUGGGCAGAAGCGUGUGCGAGGCGUGUGCGAGGCGUGCUUGAAGCAUGUUUGAGGCGUGUGCAUGGACAAGCCCCCCCCAAGCCCCCCAUUCCUCCCAGUUCAUCCCAGUUUGGGGGGUGGGGAGGUCUCUGCGCCCCCCUCCCCCCCUUUAUUUAUGGCUCUGCCCCAUUAAAGCUGCCCCAUUGA